AUGCCGGGCGCCGUACAUACGGAGUUGGGAUCCAGCACAGCUUCAUACGACGAACGACUCACGCCUUGUGUAGAGGAUUUCUCAGCUAGGGACUCGGCCUCAUGCAUUCUCUCAGAAUUCAAGCGCAGUUCAGCGGCACCGGCUGUGGAGAGGGGCAACGGCUCAACAGCUUCCACGCCUGCUGACGACAGGAACGCUACUGCUGCUGCUGCUGCGGGGCAGUUGCUCGAGAAGGCCCGUUUGGUGCAGGCUACGUCUUCCGGCAUGUUUUGCAUAUUACCGUUGGGGUUCCGUGUGCUCAAGAAGAUUGAGGCUGUGUGUCACCAAGAACUUGCAGGAAUGGCCUCACCGUUAUCUUUGCCUAACAUUAUGCCGAUACACUGGCUGCAGAACUCAGACCGAAUACGCUCGUUUGGGCCAUCUCUCUACAGACUACAAGAUCGUCGUGGCCGGCAGUUCUUCCUGCCCCCAACUUCCGAGGAAGCGGCGGCGUGGCUGGUGGCUAGCAACAUCCGAAGCCAUAGGGAUUUGCCCCAGAUUUUCUACCAGAUAGGUCCAAAGUUCCGAGAUGAAGCCCGCCCAAGGGCAGGGUGCCUCCGCGCUCGUGAAUUUGUCAUGCUAGAAGUCUAUUCUUUUCACCAAGACGCAAUGUGCAGAGAGGCUACUUACGAGAAAAUGGAUGAAUGUUUCAGGCGGAUACUCACUCGGGUGGGAACAGGGCCGGUUCACAGAGUUCGAGCGGACUCUGGUGCAAUGGGGGGCCCCUGCAGCCAUGAAUACCACGUGUACAGCAGUCUUGGGAGUGACCGUGCAGUAGCGGGGCUGGAUCGGCCGGAGAAAAGCAGAGACAGCUCUCCCGCUGUUGGGCCAGAGAUGCCCCAGAGCUGCACGAGUUUGGAGGUUGGACACUGCUUUCAGCUACCCGAAACGUAUUGCCAAGAAGCACGUGCCCGUUUCACGGAUUCUCGGGGUGCAUUAAGGAUGCCCCUGAUGAACAGCUAUGGACUUGGAGUUUCUCGACUUCUUGCUCAUUUGGCACUACAGCAUCAAGAUUCAAAAGGCCUAUUAUUUCCACCCCAAGUGGCGCCCUUCUGUGUUGCAGUUCUGCCUCAGCCUGCCGCGCGCUGGAAUGAUGGCCAAUGGGCGGCCCGCCUAGGCAAAGCCUUGUUCAGAAUUCUGCAGAAGACUGCCGCAAAAGCAGGGGGGCCUGCGGACGUUGUCUUGGACGACCGGCAUGGCCUCACUCUUCGUCAAAUGCAGUCGCAUGCAGAUCUUGUGGGAAUCCCCCACCAGCUAAUAAUAAAAGAAGACUUCCUCCGAACGCCUGGCAAGGCUCGCGUGCUCUACAUCUCACGCGGAGCCGGCAAGGCGGAUAUCUUGCCUAUUAGGGCUGCCUUGAACAGGCUAGAAAAUAUCCUCUUCGGUGUGGCGAUGUCUAGCAAACGAUGA